AUGUCGGUCAAACCGAUGCGCCUGUUGGAGAAGUACGAUAUUCUUCUCGAUCAUCUCGACUUUGAAUACAUCCGGCAGUGUAGCAAUGGGCGAGAGCUGGAAAACAUCCUCAAAGUGUUGCGCUCCGGUGAGGAGGGCCACUUUCCGCAGCUUACUUCGUUCGCCGAGGAGCGGCUUCGGGCGCUGCGUCCCGAUAGUAAACUGCUGCGCAAGGAGCAACCACUGGCCACACCCUACACGUUGCCGGACGAGCAGUGGAGCACCAUUUCGUCGCAGCUGCAACAAUGGCAGGACGAAAUGAAGCAACUGAGUGCCGGUCUGCGUUCUAUGGCAAUGGAGGAUGAAGAGCAGGACCAUCUACCACCAAUCAGGCAGGUUCAUUCGGAACCGCAAUCGGCGAACGGUGUCAUCACGAACCCCAAAAAGCCAGUGGAGCGCAUCCGGUCAUGUGAAUACGACAAGUGGGAUCAAUACGAUCCCGAGGCGGAGAUGUUGAAGAUGGAUCUGGACGAGGAGCGUCACCGGGAAUUUGUGCUGCUGCAGAACCAAAAGAAUGCUGCUGCGACUGCUGCGACACCGAAAAUCAUUGAACUAACACCGGAACCUAAGCUGUCGCAGCAAGAGAAGCUGGUACUGGCGGGGAAGAUGCGUGAGAAGGGAAAUGAUUUCUUUCGCGCCAAGGAGUACAGCGAUGCCGUUGAAGAGUAUGGCAAGAGUUUGGACAUUCUGCCCACGGCUACUUGUUUCAAUAAUCGCGCGAUGGCCUGUCAAGCCUUGAUGGCUAGCGAUAACCGGCGUGCGGCUUAUAGAGUGUUUUGCGAGGCACUGAAACUCGAACCUAGCAACAAGGUGGCACUCAGCAACACCGCUCAGCUGCGGAACCAACUUCCCGAUCUACCGCCACCGAACGCAGUCCGAAUGACCAUCGAGGAGGUGAGCAGCAGCGCUUCGGUUGACGAAAUCGACUUCAGUGCUCUCGUAAAGCCGAAACGGCUGAUCAAGGAUCGACUCCCCGAGGCACUAAAGCGGCUGCAGACGGACGCGGGCAACUUCAUUCGUGAGGCCGCUCAGGAACGAGAGGCGGCCGAAGAACCGGUUAUCACUUUGAAUAUCAAUCGUCCAGAUUCUCGUGCGCACCGCCGAACGCCACUCAUCGAGGAAUUGUAA